UAGCCUUUUAGAACAGACUGUCUGUUCACUCGUGUCAAGAAAAAGAUAUCUGCGUGAUAUUCCUGGAAAGGACUCUGGGCUUGCGACCAUCCCUUUACCAAAACCUCUUGCUGCCUUGACUAACACACUCCUGGCCGCGGGACACCAUGUUCGGAACAUUACUUGUAGUUAUUUUGGUGACAGGAACAUUAGGAGACCAUGAAAGACGAUUUGUACAUCUAGCAAAACGCUGGCCAAGAGGAGAAGUUCCCUAUAGAUUCAGUAACUUGAUAAACGAUCAAUUGGCGGACAGGAUCAGGUCGGCUAUUUCGGAGAUAGAGGAAAUAGUAAAUGGUAAUGUGCCAACAGGCUCAGAGCCAUGUCUGAGGUUUUGGAGGUCUGCAGAUACGGAGUCGGUGCCUUCAUACCUGUACUUCCAAGUCGGUGAUAACGGUGUGUGUGGCGCCAAUAGCGGUAUGACGUCAGGAAGAAAUUGGCUGUUUCUGGAUGAUGACUGUAAAUACAAGUCUGGUAUUAUGGCCAUGAUACUCCUUUCACUGGGUUUGAACUACGAGCACGUACGUCCGGACAGAGAUAGCUACGUCAAAAUCAACUAUGACAACAUACGCAAAGGUUACCGGCAUAUGUACCAGAAGUUGAAUGAAUCCGAGACAGAUCAGAUUGGUCUUCCGUACGACUUCGAGUCCCUGACACAUUUCUCUCCCUACCAGAACGCCAAUGACACCAGCCAUCCCACUAUGACGUCUAACUGGACUCGUGCUUCACUCGGUAACAAGGACCGUAUGAGUGACUAUGACGUCCGGAAGCUACAGAUCGCCUAUGGAUGUGUAAACGAUACGACAGCACUAGUCAACAAGUACCAAGACGCUGUAAGUUGUUCCUUCCAAUUAUCGAGCUGUGAGCUGACUAAUUACUUACGUUAUGAUUACUAUCAUAAUCAACAAAUCCAGAAUCAGUGGCAGGCACGAGCCGGAGCGAUGCCAUACAACGGACCAAUCGGGGAUAAUUCCAAUGGACGGGGUACUUACCAGUAUACAAAUCUGGAUGACGCCUGGCUUUAUACAAACAACUAUAUACCCGCGGGAACCUACUGUAUUCAUCUCCACUACUGUAUUGCUUCUACUACGAACUCCACAUCCUCCAGUAUUCGACUGAAGACAGAAAGAAAUAAUCAAAUAUUUGCUGAAGGUCAUUACGUCAGCAAGGCCUGGACUCCACUCAAUGUCACACACGUGGAAACAUCAAGAUGGCAGCUGUGGAUAGGUUCACACGUACCUGGUAGUCGAGAUCCCGUGGCUGUGGACGACGUCUUCGUUACCUCCAGUCCAUGUCCAUCAUUAUAACACACACAACACAUCCGGAGACAGUGACCUUGUGUGGUUAACUAGUGUGUAUCGUGUAUCUUAAACAGGAGUAAACAGUUAAAACAUU